AUGUGGAUCUGGCAUUUGUGGACGCUUUUAGUGUGUGCUAUCAGCGUAGCAGCAGCCGAAUUAAACAGUGACAAUGAACAAAAGCCCGUAAUCUCCACCGACGAGGCCGAGCAAAUCAUUUCCAACUCAGGACACACCAACAACUGGGCAGUCUUGGUGUCCACGUCCCGUUUCUGGUUCAACUACAGACACAUGGCCAACACGCUAAGCUUAUACAGAACUGUUAAGCGACUUGGUAUUCCUGACUCCCAGAUUAUCUUAAUGUUGGCUGACGACAUCGCAUGUAAUCCAAGAAAUGCGUUCCCAGGAACUGUGUUCAACAACAUGGACCAGGCCAUUGAUUUAUACGGAGACGACGUGGAAGUUGACUACAGAGGAUACGAGGUGACGGUGGAGAACUUUGUCCGGUUGCUUACGGACCGGUGGGAUGAGAACCAUCCACGAAGCAAGAGACUUCUCACCGACGAAAACUCUAACAUUUUCAUUUAUUUGACGGGCCAUGGGGGUAACGAGUUCUUGAAGUUCCAGGAUGCUGAAGAGAUCGGUUCGUAUGACCUUGCCGACGCGUUUGCGCAGAUGCAUGAGAAGAAGAGAUACAACGAGAUCUUCUUUAUGAUCGAUACUUGUCAGGCAAACACCAUGUACGAGCGGUUCUACUCGCCCAACAUCUUGGCUGUUGGAUCAUCGCGUAUUGAAGAGUCGUCAUACUCCCAUCACUCGGACAUGGAUGUUGGUGUGGCGGUUAUUGAUCGGUUUACCUACUACACCCUUGACUUCUUGGAAAAGAUUGACAAGAACUCCAUGGUAACGAUGGAUAAGUUAUUUGCUGAGUACACGUUCGAGAAUGUGCAUUCAAAUCCAGGAAUCCGGACUGACUUGUUUAAGCGAGACGUCUCUACGGUCAGAUUAACGGACUUCUUUGGCAAUGUGCAAGAAGUGGUUGUAGACGAGGUGGAGGAAGGACUUGUGGGAGCGGUGGGACCCACGUCCAGCAACAAACUGGUAGCUGUGUCUGGACCUGUUUCUCGUAUCUCCUUUUCUGGUGAAGUUUACAAAUCCAAUGCAUUGCAUAAGGUCACAUCGAAGGAGCUGAAGAUUAUUACGGGAGUGCUGGUAGUGGUUCUUGGGAUCAUCUGGGCAUUCUCUAAGUAA